AUGGCGACGCCUGUCCCUCCGCCCUCCCCGCGGCACCUGCGGCUGCUGCGGCUGCUGCUCUCUGGCCUCGUCCUCGGCGCGGCCUUGCGCGGUGCGGCCGCCCGCCGCCCGGAUGCAGCCGUGUGUCCUGGGAGCCUGGACUGUGCCCUGAAGAGGCGGGCACGGUGCCCCCCGGGUGCACGUGUCUGUGGGCCCUGCCUUCAGCCCUUCCAGGAGGACCAGCAGGGGCUCUGUAUGCCCAGGAUGCACCAGCCUCAGGGGGAGGGCUUGCCCCAGCCCAGACUGGAAGAUGACAUCGACUUCCUGGCCCAGGAGCUAGCCCGGCAGGAGGUGGGGCACUCCAGGCUCACAGCCCCACCCCAGCCUGAGGGGCGACAGCGGCUCCUGGAGGCUGCAUCCACCCUGGGGUUCUCAGAGCGUGGCCGGGGCCCCAACCUGGGCCUCCCCUCCACGCGGGGAGCGCCCACGCCCCGCACCUCCUCCCUGCGCUCCGCUGUGUCAUCUGGGCCUGUGCACAUGUCCCCGCUGGAGCCGCGGGGCGGGCGCGGUGACGGCCUUGCCCUCCUGCUGAUCGUGGCGUGCUCCGUGGCCGGCGCGGCCGCCCUUGCCGUGGCCGUUCUCUGCUGGUGUCGGCUGCAGCGAGACGUUCGCCUGACCCAAAAGACUGACUAUGCGGCCCCGCAGGCCCCCAGCUCCCCAGCCACGCCCAGGAUCUCGCCCGGGGACCAGCGGCUGGCGCACAGCGCGGAGAUGUACCACUACCAGCACCAGAGGCAGCAGAUGCGGUGCCUGGAGCGGCAUAAGGAGACCCCCAAGGAGUUGGACUCCGCCUCCUCCGACGAGGAGAACGAAGACGGCGACUUCACGGUGUACGAGUGCCCCGGCCUGGCCCCGACUGGAGAGAUGGAGGUGCGGAACCCACUGUUCGACCACGCCUCGCUGUCCGCGCCCCCGCUGCAGUGA